GGGGAGGUAUGGAGAUGGAACCUGAGUUAGAGGUACUCGUAUCUGACAGACACGCUGAACGCCCAUCAGGAAAUUCUAGAGAAAAAAUAUGAAAAGAAAAAAAGGAGGCCGCAAGAGCGAUGUCUUAACUACAGGGUAUUCCAUUGGCUUGUUUAAACUUCCAUGGUACCCAAGUUCUCAGUUGAUAACCUUCCCUAGUGUAGGUCGUCUUCGCAAAACUGCAUUCAACAUACAUUUGAUAAAUCGUUUCGGGUGUGGACCCCGCCGUCACAAGCACAGACGGAGGAGGGGCAAGCCGGCCGGAGGGUGGCACACCCAGAAUAACUUUUCGUCGGCUGCCCAACCUUGAACCCAAUCAACAAACUUUCCACCGCAUUCUCUACCUAACCACCGGCGCAUUUCUCACACCGAAGCCCUCGCGCUACGACGCCAAAUCACAAAUACCGACAUCGACCUCCGAUAGAUACCUGCAGUCAUGCCCGGUCCACGCAAACAGUGGGAGGAGGAGGAAGAGGAGUCCAGCUCCGCCCCGAACUCCCCGGUUGUCGGAGCGGCACGCCGCAAGUUUGACGAUGAGGAGGCUGAGGAUAGCGAUGUUCUAGAAUCCUGGGACGCUGCCGAAGACUCCGAGGUCGAGCGCGAAAAGGCAAAGAAGGCCGCCGAAGCCAAGGCAAAGGCAGAAGCAGAAGCUGCCGCCAAUAAGAAAAGCAAGACCCAGCGGAUAGCGGAGCGCCAGGCCGAGCGUGCUCUGGCCAAGGCUGAUGCCGAUGACGAGGAUAGUGAGGAGGAAACCGAGGCACAGGCGCGCGAGCGCCUCCGCCGCACCGAGAAGGAAUCUGAUCUGCGCCACGCUGAAGAUCUCUUUGGUGGCAUCGGCAUCAGCAGCAGCCGCAAGGCAACGACUGCCGGAAGCGCUGUCCCGAUCGAUGCGAGCGACCCCACCAAGACGGUCGACCUAUCGGCGCUACCGCUGUUCAAGCCCGCGACAAAGUCACAGUUCGAGCAGCUGCGCAACGUCCUCGGUCCUAUCCUGGCGAAUAGUUCCAAGAAGGCACACUACACCCUCUUCCUGCAGGAGUUCACCAAGCAACUCGCCAAGGACCUACCGAGCGACCAGAUUAAGAAGAUCGCCAGUUCCCUGACUGCUCUCAGUAACGAGAAGAUGAAGGAAGAGAAGGCGGCUGAUAAGGGCGGCAAGAAAUCCAAGGCCGCCAAGACAAAGACUACUCUUGCUGGUGUCAGCCGCGGUGGCGGAGUGGCGGACACCAACACGUACGACGAUGAUGGUGCUUUUGGCGAGUAAGUGGUCUCGUCGCUUUUAUCCUCAACCCCGGGGUCUAACAUUCGUUCUUAGCGAUGAUUUUAUGUGAACGCCUAGCGCCAUGUCCCGUUAAUUCGCCGGACGGCCCCCAUGUGCUUCUCUUCCUAUCGGAAGGAGAGUAGGGGAUGAUGGCCUCGCCGGCAGGAUCACGAUCAGCGAUAACAACAAGACAUACGGGCAAGCCCUCCGCGGCCGCCUCGGAGCCUCACUUGGGGCUUGUCGAGCCACGACUGAGGCACAGUAUCGCCCCCGUUGGGGUGGUUGUGGCGGGGAGGAGGGGACUGCUUGGAAAUAGACCGUGGGUCCGCUGAGACAGCGUUGGUUCUGGAGUGGUAGCCGUGGCUAGGUAUAUUGAAGACAGUGUUUAGAGUAUUGCUCCAGUAGCAGAACCGCAUUUUUGAUUG